UUAUUUAUUUUUAUUUACCACUUGUGAUGUGAUGACGACGAAAAUAAUAAGUAAUAAUACGACAUUUGGUUUUGAUCGUGGAAAUUGUAUUGUAAACAUUGAUAAUACGACCGUGAGUCCGCGAACAUAAGAACGACAACUUGCUACUGGCGUUGAAUUUCUCGACGACCGCGGUGGAGGGAGUUUAAAUAUUUGGAGAAUGGAAGUAGAAUAUAUAAUUAACAUUAUAAAGGCAAUCGUCAAACAAUAAGGAGUGAUACUCCAUCAAGGAGUUCAAUAUUAAUACUUUAUGCGGCGCUUUUAAUUCUAAUUAUUAUAAUAAUAGUACUAUUUAUUGUUUUUGUGUGAAGUAGUUAUUAACAUCUUGAGCUACGAUGGAUCGCAAAUUUUUAAAUGUUAUUCUUCUCGGUUUCGGAUUUAUGUUUGUGUUUACUGCAUUCCAGACUAUGGGAAACAUAGAGAAAACUAUUUUGGACAGUAUAACACAAGAUGACCCUAAUUUCGUCGGCGACGGCUACACCUCGCUCGCAAUCAUCUACGCCACGCUGGCCAUCUGCAACUGGAUGGCUCCCUCUAUCAUCACCAUCACGGGGCCACGAGGCGCUAUGUUGAUCGGAGCUGUAACUUAUUUAUUCUUCAUAAUAACCUUCCUCUUCCCGCGAACAUGGCUGCUCUACGUGGCGAGUGUGAUGAUCGGUGCGGGCGCGGCCGCAAUUUGGACUGGACAGGGCAACUACCUCACUCUGAACAGCGACGCCGAGACCAUUUCCAGGAACUCGGGAGUGUUCUGGGCUAUGCUGCAAUGCAGUUUAUUCUUCGGCAAUCUGUUCGUAUUCAUCAAAUUCCAAGGAAAGACGCACAUAGAUUUGGAGACGCGUAAUGUAGUGUUCGGCGCUUUGACCGCAGUGUGCGUUGUGGGCAUGGUGUUCCUGCUGACGCUGCGGCCGACCAGGCGCACGCCCCUCGUUGACGAUGUAAAGAGCGAGAUUGUGCCGGUGCCUGAAGCAGAGGGCCCCAUGGAGGCGUUCCGAGGCGCGCUCAGACUUUUCUGCACUGGAGACAUGAUUUUGCUGAGCGCAGCUUUCAUUUAUACAGGCGUGGAGCUGUCCUUCUUCAGUGGCGUGUACAGCCCAAGUAUCGGAUUCACUCUCGCCAUGGGUGACAAUGUUAAGCAACUGGUCGGUCUUUCGGGAGUGUUCAUCGGAUUGGGAGAAGUGCUUGGAGGAGCACUAUUCGGUAUCCUCGGUAGCAAAACUACCCGUUGGGGACGCGACCCAGUCGUGAUCAUGGGAUACCUGAUCCACAUGACGAGUUUCUUCCUCAUUUUCAUCAACCUUCCCAACGCUGCGCCCUUCGGCGAUACCAUGGACGUCUCGUACAUCGGACCCUCCCCACACCUCGCGAUGUUCUGCAGCUUCUUGCUAGGAUUCGGAGACGCGUGUUACAACACGCAAAUCUACUCCAUCUUGGGUGGAAAGUACGCUGAUAACAGUACAUCUGCGUUUGCGCUGUUUAAGUUCACUCAGUCACUAGCCGCAGCAGCGUGUUUCUUCUACUCAUCACGAGCGCCGCUUUCAGUACAGUUGGGCGUCCUCGCCAUCCUCGGGUCAGCGGGCACCGCCGCCUUCUGCCGCGUGGAAUGGCGAGGGAGGGCCAGAGCACGUGCCGCCGCCUUGGAAUCUAUCGACGAUAAACUAAACGCCACUCAUUCUCUCGCCGACAACACGUUACAUUACGAUUGAACUACUUGAUGUGCAUGAUCCCUGGUGCCUAAGCUCACACAUUCCAACAAGAAUUAUAAAAAAUACAUUCCAAACUAAUGGUAGAUUGAUUGGUCAUUUGAAAAGCAAGCUUAAAAUUAAAGUGCAGAGGUAUACAAUGUGGUCAAGAUUUGCAACCAACAUCUAUGAACCCAACCUGUCCCUUGAAAAGUGUGGUUUGCAAGGACAAUUAUUUUGCAUAAGUAACGUUUUGGUGUAUUAUAAAAUUCUAUUAAGUUUUUAAUUUAGUUUUAAAAAGAUUCUUAAAUAUAUUUUUGUUUCAAUGUCACAAUAUAUCGUAAAGUUACUUCUAUUAUUUUGACCGCAUAGUAUUUUAGGUACACCAGAUAAUAUUAUCUAAAAGAAACUUUUCAAAUGUGAAACAAUUUGACGACGCACAAUUUGGAUAUUGGAAAUAGCUUAAUAGUAAUUGUUACUUAUUCAAUGAUAAGUACCAUUUGAUGAAGGAUAUGGUUUUAUAAAAUGUUAAAUACCUGCAUUCCAUAUUAAGUAUCUUUAAGUUUAGACGAGUAAUAGAUACAUUUUGACUCAAUUGACUGGUGAUGGAAAGAGAAACAUGACAGUGAUAAAGGGUCCCUUGUUUGACACAUUUAAAAUAGCAAAGGAAGGUAGUUUAACUUUUUUGUCCUUCCAAGUGUAUGUCACAUCAAAAAUUUUUUAUACUUUUGCUGAAAUAAAUCGAAUAAUGUACAGGUACAUAGGUAUUAGAUAAUAAUUAUAAUCAAAUAUUAUAUUAUUAGAAAUUUGGUUAUAUACCUAUUGCAAUUAUUAGGUAGGUACAUAAUCAGCUUUCUAAUUAAGGUCUGAGACUGAGGGCCUGAUUGUGAUUUUUGAACUUAAAAGUUCGAUGUAGUUAGUAUUAUAAAGAAUAUGACUGGGAGCAGUGCAGGUCACGAGCUGGCAUAUCUCUGAUGUU